AUGCCGCCGAAGAAGAAGUCUGCCGCGGCUGCCUCGAGCAAGAGCACUCGUUCGUCAGGACGCGCAGUUCCAGCAACCAUUACUGACAAGCGUGGUAAAGAGGUCGAAAUCACCGCUGCUGCCGCUCGCCCAAAACGCGACGCAGCUCCCGCCCGACCCAUCGUGCCCUCCACUGCCUCUGGCAGACGUGCAAGCCAAGGUCUGGUUCCGUCCAACAACACGCGUACGUCCUUUUCAACGUUGGUCACAUGUGAACGCGACACUAACGCGACUCCAGUUGCCAACACCUCCAGGAAGCGCGGUCGCCCAGCGAAGACUGCUGCCAACGACGAAGACGAUGGCGCUCCUCCAGCUAAGAAGAGAGGUCCCGGUCGUCCUCCCAAGAAGACCGCUGCCACCACCGCUGCGACGAAGAACGGGGCAAAAGCCAAAGCCACGACCAAGUCCGAGCCACCAAAGAAGCGCGGUCGCCCAUCCGCUGCUUCGAAAAUGGAAGAGCCAGCAGUGCCAGAGGCCGAGACUGCUCCACCAAAGCGUCGUGGUCGUCCACCAAAGGGCGGCGAGACCACCAAGAUUGCGGCCGACGAUGAAGCUGUCGACGAGCAACUUGAGGAGGAGCUGCAGGACGCCGUUGAAGAACCGCAGCAGGAGGACACGACUAGUAAGCGCAAGGCUCCUGUCUCGAAGAAAGGCAAAGGCAAAGCGCCAAAGACUGCCGAAGACGAAGAGGAGGCCCUUGACGACGAGCCCCCGGCUAACUAUUGGCUUAUGAAGGCUGAACAAGACGGCCACGACGUGAAGGUGAAGAGCGGCGAGACGAUCAACACCACCUUCACUAUCGACGACUUGCGCUCCAAGACUGAGCCCGAGGCGUGGGAUGGCGUCCGCAACCCAACCGCUGCCAAGAACAUGCGCGACAUGAAGAAGGGAGAUCUGGCAUUCUUCUACGCUAGUGGCGGGAAGCAAGGCCGGAAGCCCGGCAUCGUGGGCAUCAUGGAGGUUGUUGGUGAGCACGAGCCAGACGAGACGACCGCCGACGAGACGAGUGCGGGAUACGUUGAGAAGGAGAAGGAUCGUGCCAAGUGGUGUGUCGUUCGUGUGGAGUUCCGCAAGAAGCUCAGCAAGCCGGUCUACCUGUCGGAGUUGCAGAAGUUCGCCAAGCCAGGUGCCGUCCUCGAGAACAUGCAAGAGUUCAAGGCAGCUCGUCUGAGCGUCUCCAAGGUCAACAAGAAGGAGUGGGAUUUCAUCGUCAACAACCUCAUCGACGGUUACGAGGACGAGGAGGAAGACGCUUCAUCCGCCACGGGCAAUCUCGACACCAACAAGCUCAGCAGCUCCCGCCCAGCCUCUCGUGCCAACUCCCGCGCCGGAUCUCGUGCUGGUUCCGUUGGCCCCGCUGGAGGUAUCUCUCGUCCACCCUCUCGCGCAAGAAGCUUGGCUCCUCCAGGUCGCCGUGGCCGCAGCGUCACUCCAAAGCCAGCCAUCGUUGAGGAGACCACCGUCACCGCGACCAUGCAGACGAUUGGCGAGGAAGACGCUCUCCCAGGUCUCCCGGCCGAGGUCGCUGAUGCUUUCUUCUAA